AUGCAAGAGAUACCAAAUCAAGAGUUUAUAGAUUUUGUAGUCACUUUAGCAAGUGAGGAUCAAAAGAACAACAACAAAAGAAACAACAACAACAAAAAUAAUAAAAAUAACAAAAACAAUAACAACAAUAAAGAUAUAUUAAAAGCAAAGUAUGAUUGA